AUGUCUCACAUGUUUCUCAGAUGCAUCGGCAUUUCCCAGAUCGCUUCUCAUAUGAUGUAUUCUGUUCAGGCUGGUUUGAUGCUGGGGCCUCAAAUGUUUAAUUUACUUGAGAAAUCAUCGGAGAAAUUAUCGUUGGACCCGGCGUUGGAUGGAAGUGCGGUGUUUAGAUGCGUCUCAGUGUGUGGAAGCAUUCUUUUUGCGUUCUUAACGUCAGUUAGAAUCAGCCGUAGAUUGGCAUUCAACAAUGGACCUCUGCCCAUCGUGAUUGGGAUCUUGACCUUCAUCGUUCCUCUGUUUGGCGGCUUAUGUUUCUGGAACCUCUACAAGGACAAUGUAGACCCUCACUACAUGUCGCCGAAGAAAGUACUCGCCGAGCGCCUUGUGAUCAUUGCAAGCCAAUCCUCGAUUCUCUUGCCCACCGUUACAUAUUUCCUGUCGGAGCUCAAGAUCCUUAACUCCGAGCUUGGUCGGCUAGUAAUAUCUUCGUCCAUGAUCAAUGACGUCCUCGGGAUCUUUGUCAACAUAAUCGGCUAUUCCGCGGGAACAUACAGGAACAUCUCCCCGGCAACAGCCUACCGUGACAUCGUAGCAGCCAUCGUCCUCUUUCUCACUGUCUUUUUCAUUUUUAGGCCGGCAGUAGAAUGGAUUGUAGAACGCACACCGGAAGGCAAACCUGUGGCGAAUAAGUAUGUACAUAUUGCGAUUUUGAGCGCAUUGGGCUCUGCCGCUUACUCCACUUUUUUUUAA